AUGUCCUGGACUCUCCCCUCUUCCCCCUUGCUUAGGUCCUCCGCACAGCCAGCCAUGGAGGGACAGCUGCAGGACCUGAGGCUCCAGCUGGAGAAGCAGUGUCUGCUGAACAAGGAGCUGGAGAACCGCAAUGUGGACCUGGAGAGGCGUCUGCAUGAGAAGGAGAAGCUGCUGAAGGAGCUUCAGAGCCAACUGGAUGAGCUUGACUGCCAGAGAGAGAGAAGCAGCAAUGACGGCGAACCAGAUGUGCGGAAAAGCCGAACAGCAGUCAUCGUCACUGAGCCCAUCCCCGAGGAUGUGGAAAUAACGGGCACACGGGUUCAGAAGAGUGUCAGUGAAUCGAGCCUCAUUAUAAAGGCCAUCCAGAAGAAUGACUUUCUGAGCCGACUGGAUGACGAGCAGGUUACCAUGAUGGUGGACUGUCUGGUGAAGCAGGAGAUCAGCCAAGGGGAGGCAAUCAUCGUGGAGGGCACUGAAGGCAACAGCAUGUACAUCGUAGCAGAAGGGGAGCUCCUGGUAACCCAGGCUGGGCGUGUUUUGCGAACUCUGACAUCUGGGGACGUCUUUGGAGAGCUGGCCAUCCUCUACAACUGCAAGCGCACUGCAUCUGUCAAAGCUGUGACAAACGUCAAACUGUGGUGUAUUGAGAGGCAGACCUACCGCACUAUCGUGACCAACAAGUCAAAGAAAAAACGAGAGCAGAUCAUGGGCUUCUUAAAGACUGCCCGCACCCUAAAGGACCUGAGUGAUGUGCAGCUCUCCAAAAUCAUUGACUCCAUGGAAGAGGUCAAAUUCCAGGACAAUGAAGUGAUAGUACGUGAAGGAACGGAGGGGGACACUUUCUAUAUCAUCCUUAAAGGAGAGGUCCUGGUCACCAAGAGGGUGAACGGACAGCAAAAAGAGAUCCGCAAGAUGGGCAAAGGGGAGCACUUUGGGGAACUGGCUCUUAUCCGCGAGAUGUGCAGAACAGCCACAUGCACUGCAGUGGGCCCAGUCACCUGCUUCUCCAUCGACAAAGAGGUUUUCGAAGAGACCAUACCUUUGGAAAACCUCGAGCUUCAUGAUGACUUGAAUGUGUUUGAAGACGCAAUGGCACCAGAGAAGAGGGGCCCGAGCAGCUGUCUGCAUCUGAAGGACUUCGUACCCGUGCUCUACCAGGAGGGACGCUACCUAGGAGAGCCUGUCACUCUCGGAGUGGGCGGAUUUGGACGUGUCGAGCUGGUGACGUGCCAGCAGCAGGGCAAGUACUACGCCCUGAAGCGGAUCAGUAAGAAGCACAUCGUUGCCAAGCGACAGGAGGAGCAUGUGAAAUUUGAGAAGCGGAUACUGCAGGAAAUUCAGAGUGACUUUAUUGUCAGGCUUCAUGCUGGCUUCAGGGACACUCGCUACAUCUAUAUGGUCAUGGAGUUCUGCUCUGGUGGGGAGCUAUGGACUAAACUCAAGGAAUCUGGGCGCUUUGAAGAGAGCAUUGCCGUAUUCUGUGCUGCCUGUGUAGUCGAGGCGUACGCUUACCUCCACAAGAGAGGCAUCUUGUAUCGGGAUUUGAAGCCAGAGAACCUGAUGCUGGACAAGCGCGGAUAUGUCAAACUGGUAGAUUUUGGCUUUGCUAAGGAGCUACUGCGGGGGGAGAAGACCUAUUCAUUCUGUGGGACCCCUGAGUACAUGGCCCCUGAGAUCAUACAGAACCAUGGCCACGACUUUGCUUCAGAUUUCUGGUCCCUGGGUGUCUUGGUGUUUGAGUUCCUGGUGGGCAGUCCCCCAUUUGCCAGCUCAGAUCCUCAGAAGAUUUAUGCCAAAAUACUGGAUGGAGCGCUUAAAUUCCCCCCCUACAUGGGGGAAGCUGCCCGGUCUCUGAUCAGCAAGCUGUGCAGGCCGCGACCAGGGCAGAGGUUGGGGAAUACUAAAAACGGGAUUAAAGAUGUUCGAAAUCACAGGUGGUUUGGCAGCGUUAACUGGCACAAGCUGCGCAUGGGCCAACUGGAGGCACCAACGCAGCGACUCAUACGCAAGGGCCCCUGCUAUAUUAACUUUGACAGACACCCCUACGACAGGACUCAGGCAGAAGAGGAUUUGUCCGGCUGGGAUGAUGACUUCUGACCCGAUUGCAUUAGGUCCGGGUCAGGAAUGAAUGGGUGAAUUUUGAGGCUCAGGGUUGGAGAGACUCAGGAAAUGAGAACAUUGGGGUGCAGAGAGGUUCCCUCAUGCGCCUUGACCCUUGCGUUCACAGAUUUAAAGACGGCUUGUCCGUAAUCUUCGGACUGUUGACCGAGCGAAAGAACCGCUCCAUCCUUUUAACCUCGAGUCGUUCAGUCAUACAUCACGAGGUCCAAUACAAUGUUUUACAUCGGCAUAGAAUGCGGUACCUUUUCAUGCCAAAGAUAUCUACAUCCCUUGGAAAUGUCAGGGUAAUAAACACAAACCUGCCACGUUCUUUGGAAAGGAGCGAAACGGUUCAUUUGUUUUGAUGGCGUUCUUUGAGAAAAGGUGUUACUGAAUUAUCACAGCUUUAGGUGAGACCGAUAUGAAGACCAACAGACAGGUGACAAAGAUGCCCACGGAUGCAGAAGCACAUGUGGAGAAAGAGGAGGCCUCCACUGUCCCUGGAAUUUUCCUCCUCGCUUGUAUACCAUCGACUGCCCACUUCAGUCAAGAGUCGACGUUCAUGGUCAUGCUUGACCGUCUACAUGCCCUCUGCAGCACACACCUGGCAAAUACU